CCAGAAGGCCCCGGGCGUGCGGCCCUCGGCCCAGAAGUCCCUGCCUCCUCCAGCUUGGGUUCGCUAGGUCGCAGCAUGAGUCUUCCCGCUGCCAGCCCGCUCUUCGCACCCGGUGAGGACUGCGCCCCUGCGUGGCGCGCAGCGCCAGCCGCUUACAAUGCGGCCGACACACACCUGGAAAUCCUGGGCAAGCCGGUGAUGGAGCGCUGGGAGACGCCCUACAUGCACUCGCUGGCGGCUGCUGCCUCCUCCAGAGGUAGUUCCCGCCCGCGCUGGAACGGGGGGGGCCGGGUCUUGGAGGUGGGCUUCGGUAUGGCCAUCGCAGCCGCAAAGGUACAGGAGGCACCCAUCACUGAGCACUGGAUCAUUGAGUGUAAUGACGGUGUUUUCCAGCGGCUCCAGGCCUGGGCACAGCAGCAGCCUCACAAGGUUGUCCCAUUGAAAGGCCUGUGGGAAGAUGUGGCACCCACACUGCCAGACUGUCACUUUGAUGGGAUCCUGUAUGACACAUACCCGCUGUCGGAGGAGACCUGGCACACACACCAGUUCAACUUCAUCAGGAACCACGCCUUCCGCCUGCUGAAGCCAGGGGGUGUACUCACCUACUGCAACCUCACCUCCUGGGGCGAGCUCAUGAAGACCAAGUACUCGGACAUCACCACCAUGUUUGAGGAGACACAGGUGCCAGCGCUGCAGGAAGCGGGCUUCCAGCGGGAGAACAUCCGCACGGAGGUGAUGGGGCUAGUGCCCCCUGCCGGCUGCCGCUACUAUGCCUUCCCACAGGUGAUCACACCCCUGGUCACCAAGCCGUGAGCCACCCCCCCAGGGCGUGGAGCCAGCUGGGGGUGUGGACGGCCUCCGGCCCUGCCGCAGGAGCUGUGGUCUUCCUCCAGGGUACAAGGGUGAAAUAAACAUGGGUGCUGGGCUGGCGGAUGGGC